CUCCUAUCCAACAGCUUUCUGUGGAAAGAGUGAUGAGGGAACACGAGAAGAGCUUCACUGAUCUGAUUCACUGCAUUGAGGAAGCCCACAAGAAAUUGAAAGAGAGGAUCAGAGAACAAGAAAAGAGAGAAAUGGAGAAGGCUGAAGGAGUCAUGGAGCAACUGGAGAAGGAGAUUGAGGAGCUGAAGAGGAGAGAAGCUGAGCUGAAGGAACUUUCAGAGACCGAGGAUCAUCUCCACUACCUACAGACUUUCUCACCUCUCUGUGACCUUCCUGCUGAUGGAGACUCGCUCGGCUUUACUGUCACGGCUGAGUUUUCUUCUGAGGACCUGCUAAAGGAGCUGUCAGGUCUUAAAAAGAGUCUGGAGAAGAUCAGCCAGCAGGACAUCCUGACAAGGACUCCACCAGUUCGUGAAGCUCCAAUCUUCACCCUACAGUCUCCUCAACCUCAGAGCAGAGAGGAGUUUUUACAAUACUUCUGUCCCCUCACACUGGACAUCAACACGGCACACAGAAACCUCUAUCUGUCUGAAGGGAACAAGAAGGUGACAUAUGAGGGGACAAAUGCCAAAUAUCCUGAUCACCCUGACAGAUUUGACUACUGGUGCCAAGUUCUGUGCAGAGAGGCUCUGACUGGGACUCGCUGUUACUGGGAGGUGGAGGGCAGUGGACGCAUCAUGAAGAUUGGAGUCGCAUAUAAAGGACUGAGAAGGAAAGGAGGAGACGAUGAGUGCCGUCUUGGAUACAACGACAAGUCCUGGAGUUUGCAGAGGUCUGUUUUCCAGUGCUCUGUGCGUCACAAUAACCAGUGGACUCUAAUCAGUGCCCCCUACUGCCCCAGAGUAGGUGUGUAUCUGGACUGGCCUGCUGGCUCUCUGUCAUUUUAUAGCGUCUCACACACAAUGACCCUCCUGCACAGGUUCAACACCUCCUUCACUGAGCCCCUCUUUCCAGGGUUUAGUGUUGGUCUUCACUCCACUGUAACAAUCAGCCAUCUGACACCAUGUGACCACUGACCAGUACCCUCCACUGGUCACUUGAUGUCCCCACAAACGCAGGUCCUCUUUGAGUUUGUAGUUUAGGGUGAAUUUAAUUUUACAGAAUAGGUGAGUUGGAGUGGGCAGCACCUCUGUGAUUGAAUUUGUGGAUGAGAAUGCGGA